UCUGCACGAGUAAGACUACACGCUAGGUUAAGCACUAAAUUGGGUAACUGUCCAGUGACUGCAGAUAAACACCUGCUCGUACAGAUCAUCCUGAGCCGGAGUAGACGGGAACUGCUUUAAUACAAUAAACAUUUGGAACAGUAAUCGAUCCAAGACGGGAGGAUUUUGGACUUAAAAAUGUCAGCCCUGAAAGGCAAGAGAAAAGAAUACCUAACUGUGAAGGAUCUGCAGAAGGUUUUGGACUCAUGCAAACUACACCUCAAUCAAAUUGACGAGGUCUGGCCAAACAUAUUCAUAGGGAAUGUGGCAGUAGCCCAAACCAAGACUUCCUUGCUGAAAUUAGGUAUAACUCAUGUAUUAAACGCUGCUCACUCCAAGCAAGGCAGCAUAGGGAACCAAAGCUUUUAUGGCAACGACUUUGUGUAUUGUGGCAUUCCAGCAGAUGACUCGACAUACUUUGAUCUGGAUGUUUACUUCCAGCCUGCAGCUGAUUUCAUUCAUAAAGCUCUGAAGUCACCUGAUGGGAAAGUUCUGGUGCACUGCAUCAUGGGAAUGAGCCGGUCAUCGACCUUGGUGUUAGCGUACCUCAUGAUCUACCGUCACCUCCCGCUCAAACAGGCUUUGCAGAAAUUGAUCCAGAAGAGAGCCAUCUACCCCAACAGGAAUUUCCUGGCUUUGCUACUGGAUCUGGAUCUUCAGCUGACAAGAAAAAAGAAAACGUGUCAGAUCCUGUAAUGAAGAGAAGUUUUCAGUUUUUGGCCACACAGUUGUGUGGUGCUGAUGUUGAGGAUGAUGUUGAUGAUGAUGCCACUCGGACUGUUGGUCCAACACUUUGAACCAGGGGGAAAUAUAUUAGGCAAAUAUUGAAAUGAUAAUGUUUACAUGUUAACAUGUUACAUGCUAAUAGGAAGUUACUAUGUUUCUUAACAGUUCUUAACAUGCAUGUGAGCAGAUAAUUUUAGGCUUGUGAACAUGUUAUUAUUCACCUUGAAGCACAAUUGAGGCAGAUGAAGUACAAAUUAGAGAGUACAGAAAGAGCAGCUGAGCCUGACAAGCUGGCCACCGUACAGACAAAAAACCCUUUGAUUUAGGUAACAUCAGUGGUGGAAGAAGUAUUCAAAUCCUUUACUUAAGUAAAAGUACCAAUACAGCAAUGUAAAAAUACUCCAUUGCAAGUAAAAGUCCUGCAUUCAAAAUCCUACUGAAGCAAAAGUACGUAAGUAGUAAGUAUCAGCAGCAAAAUGUAGUUCAAGUAUUGCAGUAAAAGUAGU